GAUUUGCAUCGCGCAACUACGCUACGUGUUCGGUGGAGUGUCUGUGAUUUUCGAUUAAUUCUAAUAUCGGCAAUGUAAUAGAAGUAAUAUCUCGGUGAUUAUUAAAAUAGCUUGGACUUAAUGGUGAAAGUUCGUUUAAUUUUCCUCGCCCGAUUACCCACGCCAAUCUACCCACUAUUUGACACUAUUGGCAAUGGAGACCCCCGAUAAUGAUAGAGGUACUGAUCCUUCACAUCAGGGUGACGUGCCUUUAUCAGAAGUGGGAUGCGAAGGGCAAACAUCUGAGGAAAAUGUCCGUGGCCGAGAGACAACGACACCGAACUUUGUGCUUCAUAUGGAGACCUUGUUAUCAAGAUUAUUGUCGACGCCGCAACCGGAACGUUCAACCAGUGCCAGUACCCAGCUGAUCCAGUUCAACCCUGACGACAGUGAAGCGGAUAUAGAAGGUUGGUGCAGAGUGACCGAGAUAAUAAUUGACAAUAGAAAAUUAGAAGGCGCAGAGCUAUUGCUGGUACUUACACACGCUUUGAAGGGGCGAGCUGCUUCAUGCUUAACAAAGCUACAGGCUUCGCAGCUAUCAUGGCCUCAGAUAAAAGAAUUGCUGCUAGCCAAAUUUGCGAAACCCAUGUUGGCUCAAGACUACUUCGAUGAUAUACUUCGAUUUCAAGUUGGACCCAAGGAGACAGCGUGUGAAGCAGCUAUGCGGCUCUGGAGUCUCAUAGAACGCAUACCACGUACCGAAAUGGCCGAAGACAUACAGACUGGGUUUGUAGCCGCCGUACUAAGCCAGAAGGAUCCCGCCAUUCGAAGAGAGCUGCACUCGCACAAUGUAUCAACGAGAGCCCAACUUUUUCGUAUUCUUAAUGGGAUUUCACUGAAACGUCGACAUGACAUCAACGACAUGACCCAAGACAUCGAAACUAAGAGAGCUCGUUUUAUGGAACCACGCUUUACCGGAACGUGUCACCGUUGUGGCGCUCAAGGACAUAAGGCGCUAGACUGCCGUAGAAGACGUGAUAAUAUACCGGCAGCGACCAAGACUUCGGACCUAUCAUCGAAGACACCGGAAACGUCGCGUUCACUCACCUGCUUCGUGUGUGGCCAACCAGGGCACCUCGCAUCGACGUGUCCAGACAGAAGAGGAGGAGGAGGAGCGCCAGCGACAACCAAGGAGGUCCACGUCUGCGAGCGCAGAGCAUCCAGGAGCACCUUAACUACAUCAUCUGAUUAACGGGAGGAGGAGAGUGACUGGCAUAUGAGAUCGCACGAGGACGUGCGAAUGUCAGUCUGGCCGUGACGGCGCAUCGAUUAUUUUAGAGCGGGGUAGUCGUCCCGCUCUGACGCAACACCGAGCGCUGGCGCGCGCCCGCAGUCGAGCGCAGCCUUCAUAGCGGUUACAUCGAUUUGCAUCGCGCAACUACGCUACGUGUUCGGUGGAGUGUCUGUGAUUUUCGAUUAAUUCUAAUAUCGGCAAUGUAAUAGAAGUAAUAUCUCGGUGAUUAUUAAAAUAGCUUGGACUUAAUGGUGAAA